AUGGCCGAGGGUGACACCGUCAAAUCUCCUCUCUUGCGUCUUCCCGGAGAGGUGCGCAACCUCAUCUACGCCUACACCACCGAGACUUCUACUGGUGCACUCCAUGGCCCAACUAGACCCGAUGGCCAUCAAGAGCCCGCGCCAAUCGCUCACGCUCAGUGGCUCCAUCUCAAGCGUCAGUGGCUCGGCCUGACCCAAGUCUGCUAA